AUGAGCCGGAAGAAUGGCUUCUCCGUCGUCUCCGUGUUCAUAAUAAGUGUGAUAGCUCAAGUGACAUGUGAAGAGUUCGAGUUGGAAAACACAGAAGCAUUGGUUGAAUGUGUCCAAUGUGUCCAAUUAUGGCGAUCAGCAUCAGCAAAAGAAGGGAAAGUUUGUACGAGUGGAGCGUCUACGUGCAAAGGAAAUGCCUGCUUUAUGAGGCAAUGCAAGCACUGUCCAGUAUAUCAAUACAUGUCGGGAUGUGUCAACUUUACUCCAUGGCAGCUAGCAGAUCUGGAGAUGAACCGCCGAACGUCAGAACUACGAAUGAGACGGGUUGGAGCAGUUCUUCUUUGCGAAGACACAUUCAAUCAAACGACUUGUGUCUGUAAUCGAAGAGACAAGUGUAAUUCAAUUCAUUCUCGUCUUCCGUUUGCUACGUAUUCCGAAGGUUUAUUCCGUGGUAUUGUCAAUUUUGAUACGAUCAUCGCAGCUAUGGAUCCGAGAUAUCUCGAAGUAAUGUCCGGUUAUCAUUUUCGAUUCCUCGCAUCUUCAUCAUCGUUUUCAUUCUCAUCACUUUUUUCUUCCAUCGCAAUCAUUCUUCUCUUUCUUCUGAGUCAUUGA